AUGACAAACGAUGAAUAUACAACAAUAACAAUUGAGAAAGAUAAUGAUGCAGAGACAAAUAAGAAAGUAAAGUCUAUGGGAUCAGAAAGUGGUGAUAAUAGUGAUGUAGAAGUAGUGACAAUUGAGGGAGAAAAGUCUAUGGAAUCAGAAAUACAAGAAUUAAAAGAAUUAAAAGAGUUAGAUAAAGAAUGUAUUAAGUCUCACAAAAGAUCGAAAAAAGUAUUAGUUAAAGCAAUAGAAUCAAUUACAAUUGUCAUUGUUGUCACCUUUAAUGAAGAUGAAUUCGAACUAUACAUUCUUUCUUUAACGUAG